GGGCCCGGGAGGCGGGGCCGCCAGGUCCCGCAGGUCUGCUCCGCCCCGCCGCGCGCUCAGAGUGAGCAGUUCCUCGGGGAGCUCGCACCGUCGGUGCGGUGCGGGUAUAGCUCUCCGCCGUCCUCCCGACGCUGACCCGCGCAACCCACGUCCGUCCGCCGGCUCCCAGCGCCCCGCUUCCUCCGCACGCCCUCCCGCGAGACCCCAGCCCGCCUCGCGCCUCUGUCGCACAGUAUGGCGCUCCCCCAGGUUCUCGCGUUCGGGCUCCUGCUCGCGGCGGCUACCGCGGCGGUGGCCGCGGCUCAGAAAGGAUGUGUCUGUGAAAACUACAAACUGACCACAAACUGCUCUUUGAACACACAUGGUCAGUGCGAGUGUACUUCAAUUGGUGCACAAAAUUCUGUCAUUUGCUCAAAACUGGCAACCAAAUGUCUGGUGAUGAAAGCAGAAAUGACUGGCACAAAGUCUGGGAGAAGAGCGAGACCUGAGGGGGCUUUCCAAAAUAAUGAUGGGCUCUAUGAUCCCGACUGUGAUGAGAAGGGGCUCUUUAAAGCCAAGCAGUGCAAUGGCACCACCACAUGCUGGUGUGUAAACACUGCUGGGGUCAGAAGAACUGAUAAGGACACGGAAAUAUCCUGCUCCGAACGCGUGAGGACCUACUGGAUCAUCAUUGAACUAAAACACAAAACAAGAGAAACACCUUAUGAUAUUAAAAGUUUACAGACUGCACUUAAGGAGGUAAUCACAACUCGUUAUCAACUAGAUCCAAAAUAUAUCACAAACAUUCUGUAUGAGAAUGAUCUUAUCACUAUUGAUCUGGUGCAAAAUUCAUCUCAGAAAACUCAGAAUGAUGUGGACAUAGCUGAUGUGGCUUAUUAUUUUGAAAAAGAUGUUAAAGACGAAUCCUUGUUCCAUUCCAAUAAAAUGGAUCUGAGAGUAAACGGGGAGCAAUUGGAUCUGGAUCCCGGGCGAACUGCAAUUUACUAUGUUGAUGAAAAACCACCUGAAUUUUCAAUGCAGGGUCUGCAAGCUGGUAUUAUUGCUGUCAUUGUAGUUGUGACACUUGCAAUUAUUGCUGGAAUCGUUGUGCUGGUUAUCUCCAGAAAGAACAGAAUGGCAAAGUAUGAGAAGGCUGAGAUAAAGGAGAUGGGUGAGAUGCAUAGGGAACUCAAUGCAUAAUGACUAUAAUUUGAAGAGUAACUACAAGAAGGGAAGUUAGCAAACAUUACAAAUGUACAGACAUGGGACAAAGAGAUCUUUGAGGACUAUUGUUUUGUUAGUUAACAUCUGUUUGUAAUAGUGAAACCUGUACUCAAUAUAUAAGCAGCUUCAAAUUGACUUUACCAAUCUUAAAAUUUGACCACAAGUGUCUUAUUUAUGCAGAUCUGAUACAAAACUCAGAACUUGGACUGCAGAGUUAAAAUUGUUUCUGCCUAACAUUGAAGUGUGUACCUUAAAUAUGCUUCCACAGUAGAGAUUUAAUGACUAGUGUCUCAUCCAUUUGUGAUUGAACGCUGCCUUUCUGUUUACUUUGAGUCUUGUACAUACAAAUUUUUUUUUUUUACAAACUGAAAUAAAACAUUUUAAAACUAAAUUUCCUAACUUUGUUUGAAUCAUACAGAAUCAAAUUUCAUAGUAUACAAAUAAGAUAACAGGUUAAGAAAUGUUCAGAAUGCUAACUGCAAAUUGGAGUUUUAUAGGAGUAUUUAUAAUUAUGUGUAUUCAGUAUAAAGUGUAUAAUCUCUAUGUAACUUCUACACAGAAAAAUCAGUUUUAUUCUGAAUGAAUCUAAGUUUCUGUUUUAAACAAAUUGGCAUUUUGACAAACACACCUUAGGGCAGAAUUGGUGGAUAAUGUUGUGAACCAUGAAUGCUAUGGUUGGUUGCGUUAAAGCACCAGACAUUCAACAUCUUACGUGACAAAUAAUUACAGUAAGACACAUUUUGUGUGAGUUAAGAGUAUCCUGAAAUUUUGCUUUUGAUAGGAAAUUUUUAAAAACACUAUGAAGAGAACAGCAUUAAAGAAAAUGUAAAAGCUAGAUUGAACAUUUACCAACGAUUUUUAUCCCUUCUGUAGUAGGCAGACUUCUAGGAUGGCCCCCAAGAUUACUUAUCCCUGAUGUACAUGCCCAAAUAAUCCUCUCCUCUAGAGUGUGGGCGGGGCCUGUGAAUAUGAUGAGCAGUCACUCCCAAGAUUAAGUUACAUUUUAUGGCAAAGGUGAGGGGAUUUUAGAUGUAGAUGUGAUUGAGAUCCCUAAAGCUUGACUGUAUUGAAAGAGAGAUUACAAAAGAGUGCCUGAAGGUAGGAGACAAGAAGUAGAAACUAUAGAUGAGCUCUCCCAUUAGCCUUAAAGCAAACUGCCAUGUGGUGGAGAGGGUCACCUAUCAGGAAACAGCGGGCUGAGAGGAGGGCCUCAGUCCCACAACCACAAGAACUGAAUUCUGCCAACAAUCACUGAGCUUGGAAGAGGACCCCAGCUCCAGAUGAGAUCACAGCUCUGGCCAACAUUACCGCAGUCUUGAGACCGAGAAAAGGACCCACUUAUGUGAUGCCUAAACUCCUGACCCGUGGAAACUGAUAAUGUGUUUAUUGUCUUAAAAUGCUAAAUUUGUGGUAAUGUAUUAUGCAGCAAUAGAAAUUGAUACAGUGAGUAGCAAGAAGGGAAUAGAUAAUAGGGAGCAGCCAUUACCCCCAGGCCUGAGACAGAGCACCCAAAGAAGAGAAUCUCUACUUCGCCUAAGCCCCACUCCCCGGGCUGAGAUCUGGACCCUGUGGGAGAGGGCAGUGCAGCUCACUGAAGAGCAGGGAAGUUGCUAUGAUGCUACCCUGGAGGGACUUACUGAAAAUCUGCCCCAUGGAACUUGCUGGAAAUAAUGCCCUCUAGGACAGGAGUCCUCAAACCAGCCUGCAGCCUGGCCUACCACCUGUUUUUAUAUAGCCUGGGAAAUAAGAAUGGCUUCUGCAUUUUUGAAGGAUUGAAUAUUUCCUAGUAUGUGAAAGUUACAUGGUAAAAAUGUCAGUGUCUGUAAAUAAAGUUCUAUUGGAGCACA